AGAAACUGUUUCUGUUUGUUCUGCAGGUGUGUUUGCUGCUGAUGAAGAUGAAGUGAAGUCAGUGUCAGUUAUGGAGGGAGAUUCUGUCACUCUAAACCCUGAUCCUGCUAAAAUACAGGGAUUUAUUCUGAUACUAUGGAGGUUUGGAGAUCCAGUCAUUGCUCAAAUCAAUGGAAAAGUGACCUUCUAUCCCAGUUACACUGAGAUAUUCAGAGGCAGACUGCAGCUGGAUCAGACUGGAUUUCUCACAAUCAACAACAUGAGAAUUAAACACUCUGGGCUUUAUAAAAUAGAGGUCCUCCAAAGAGCUGGGACUUCAAAUAUGAAAUUCACAGUUACUGUCUAUGAGUCACCAUCUGCUGUUGAUGCGGGUGUAACUGACAUGAAGCUCUUGUCAGUGAAGGAGGGAGAUCCUGUCAUUCUUCAGACUGAUGUUCCUCAACUAACCGGAGAUGAGCUGAUAGUGUGGAGGUUUGGAGAUGAAGGAAGACUCAUAGCUAAACAUGAUAUGGAGACCAAAAUCCCACCAUUAUAUGAUGAAACUGAUGAGAGAUUAAGAGACAGACUGCAACUGAAUCAUCAGACUGGAUCUCUGACCAUAACAAACACCAGAACCACAGACUCUGGACACUAUAAAGUGAAAAUCAGCAGCAACAAACAGACCUUAUACCAGAAAUACAUUGUUACUGUCAGUGAACCAGGUCUAUCUCCAGCUCCUGUAGCAGGGAUUGUUGUUGCAGGGAUUGUUGUUGUUGUUCUCCUGGUGGCUGCAGCAGCUACUGGUUUGAUUUACCAUCGCCAAACGAUCGCAGAAAUGCCGGAGGCAGUGUCAGGGGAGGAGGGAGAGGAUGUUGAGCUAAACACUGGUGUUACUAAAAUACAGACAAGUGAUCUGAUAGAGUGGAAGGGAAAUAAAGACAAUCUCAUUGCUCAAAUCAAAGGAGGGACUAUCACUUCAUAUGAGGAUGUUCUUCAUGGGAUAUUCAGAGACAGACUGAAGCUGGACAUGAAGACUGGAUCUCUGACCAUCACAAACCCCAGAAUUGAACAUACUGGACCCUACAAGUUACUGAUCAACGAGAAAUACAAGAAGAAAUUUAUUGUUUAUAUCAAAGGGAAGACACUGACAGUGAAGGAGAAUGGUUCUGUCACUCUAGAGACUAAAACUGAAAUACAGACCGGUGAUGAGAUACGGUGGAUGUUUGGAGAUAAAGAUACUCUCAUAGCUGAAAUCAAAGGAGAGACCAAAGAGAUGACUACACAUGAAGGUCCUGAUGGGAGAUUCAGAGACAGACUGGAGCUGGUUAAAGCGAAUGGAUCGCUGACCAUCAAAAACAUCACAGCUGAUCACGCUGGACUCUAUAAACUACUGAUUCUCAGCAGAGGAAGGACCUUGUGCAGUAAAUUCUUCACUUAUGUCGGAGAAUCCACAGAGAGUGAGUGAAUAAAUCAGCAACUGUAGUGAAGCUACUGAUGAAUGGAGAGAAUGUGGAUGGAGUGAAUAAGGAGGAGGGGAGGAGUUCACUUUAAUAACAUAAGACCUGCCCACCAGUGUCAAUCACUCUGACAUCAUCAGCAGCUACAACAGCAAUUAUAUAUUAUAAAUAUUAUAUAUUAUUAUAUUAUUUAGUUUUUUACAUAAUAAAUUACAUGUGUUAUCCAGUUUAAUUUAAAUAAUUAAAUUAAUCAGAUCUGGAUGUCAGAUUGUAUAUUCAACCCGAAUUUAUAGUGCCUUUGUAUUCAUGCUGAUGUAUGAAUGUGUUGUUUUAUUAAUUUUCACUAAAGCAUCUGCUUGAUGAAUAAAUAUUCAUGUAGGGUACUGAUAUGCCACUGA